UUAACUACUAAAGUUCAUGAAUCCUCCCUCUGCCGCUACGCGAUCAGAGUAGGGCUCAACCGUGAAAUCGACCCAUUGAGCUCACUCAGCCGCAGUCAGUGUUUCGUUCUGUGUUAUGAUGAGCCAAUCCCUAAUCUAAUACCCACUAUCUAUCUUUUCUUCAGAAUUAGAAUCCAAUUUCGGUUUGGUUCGGUUUUGGAAAAUGUUGGGUGGUCUAUACGGAGACCUUCCUCCACCUUCCUCCGCCGAGGAAGACAACAAGCCCACCCCCAACGUCUGGUCCUCCAGCACCAAGAUGGCUCCCGCCACGCUCCGCAAGCCCGCCUCCCUCUUCGCUCCCCCCCAAACCCUCCUCCGGGCCCAGCCCAAGCCCAGGCCCACCACCACAACCAUCCCCAAGCCCAUCCUCUCCUCCUCGCCCGCCCCUCCCCCUGAUGACGCCCUCCUCCAGCCCGCCCUCGUUGGCGUCCAGUCCACCGUCCUCGAAGAAUACGACCCGACCCGGCCCAACGACUACGAGGACUACCGCCGCGACCGCAAGCGCAAAGCCCGUGAGGCCGAGAUGCUGCGCGAGCUCGAGCGCCGCCGCCACGAGGAGGAAGAGGAGGAGAAGGAAAGGGAAAAGGAAAGAGAAAGAGAGAGAGAAAGAGAUCACAGCAAUAACAACGAUUCGUCGUCGUCGAGGCUUAAUGUUUCCGGCGAAGAGGCGUGGAGGAGGCGCGCUGCGAUGAGCGGGGCGGGGUCUGGGUCGGGGGCGGUGUUGGUGCCGAGGUCGCCGUCGCCACCCCCGGGGAAUGUGGACGGGUUUACAAUCGGGAAGUCGGAGACGGGGGGAUUGGGGGUUGGGGCUGGCGGGCAGAUGACGGCGGCGCAGCGGAUGAUGGCGAAGAUGGGGUGGAAGGAAGGGCAGGGGCUGGGGAAACAGGAGCAGGGGAUCACCACGCCUUUGAUGGCGAAGAAGACCGAUAGACGAGCCGGGGUUAUUGUGAAUGCCAGUGACAACAACAAUAGCAGCAGCAGCAAGAAAGUUAAGAGUGUUAACUUCAAUGGUGUGCCUACCAGGGUGCUGCUGCUCAGGAACAUGGUGGGUCCUGGUGAGGUAGACGACGAGCUAGAAGAUGAGGUAGGAUCUGAAUGUGCCAAAUAUGGAACUGUAACCCGAGUUCUGAUAUUUGAGAUAACAGAGCCAAAUUUCCCCGUUCAUGAAGCAGUAAGAAUCUUUGUGCAGUUUGAGAGAUCUGAAGAAACAACUAAAGCGCUUGUUGACCUUGAUGGUCGGUACUUUGGGGGUAGAGUGGUGCGUGCCUCAUUUUAUGACGAGGAAAAGUUUAGCAAGAAUGAGUUAGCUCCAAUGCCAGGAGAAAUUCCCGGCUUUACUUGAAACAAGUGUCGGUUAUUUUUUCUAUUAUUUUUGUAAGUUGUCCUAAGUGAAUACCCUGAAGACUUGAGAUUGAAGUUUAAUACUUCAUUACAUGAUAGUUGAGCGUUGUCAUAAGUUUAAUCUUGGUCCAUGUUUUUUGUAAGUGACAAAGGGUUGUUGCUCAGGGAAUUAUUAUGAUCACAAGAACAUUGAACGUUCCUUACUAGUUACUAGCGCUAAUGUUGUCACUGUAUAUUCAAAGUUCCUUAAUAGUAUCAUGAUCAGUUGGAGAUUAA